AUGGCGACAAUGUAUGUUCCAAAUGUAGACGCGUACGGAAUUUGUACGUGUUUGUGUUGUAACGGAGUAGCGUGUCAACCACGACCUGUCGGCUCAGUACAAGUUGAAAGCUGCGCGGGACUUAGUUGCUAUAAUGCUUGUACACAAAAGUAUCCAACAGCUUGCGAUAAAUCAGCUGCUGGUGAAAUUUCAACACCUUGCCAAGAGUUCACAACCACAACUAUUACUACUACAGUGACUUCAACUUCUACUCCAUCGACAACGACUUCUACUGCGUCCACAACAACAACAACAACAUCAACUAUAUCAACAACAUCAACUACUCCUUCGACUCCUUGGCCAACAUCGACAACAUCGAAUACUUCAACAACUACAUCAACAACCACAGCAAGCCCAAGUACCUCAACUGGAAAUAUAACGAUUACUGUUUCUACUACUAUCACGACACUAUCAACUAGUAGCCGUAGUAGCAGCGUCAGCACAUCUACACAUUCGUCAACAUCAACAAGUUCUUCAACAAAAGUCAGUUCUACAACUCAUAGUGGUGCUCCGAAUGUUCAAGAAAGUACACUGGUGAUUGUUCUUCUGCUUUCAGCAAUUACUUCAAUCUUUUAA